AUGUGUAUUAUUCCUGGAAACUCAGUUUUUUGCUGUGGAAAUUAUCCAAAUGCUGCAAAUACUGCAUUUAUUAUUGAUUUGAACAAUAAUGUUAAGAAAGUAAUUUAUGCACCCGAUAGUCUGAGUCUCAGUGGUUCAAUUUAUUAUAAUAGCAGUGUUUAUGUUUUUGGUGGAUAUACGGGGCAUUUUUAUGUAAAUAAUGCGUAUUGAUACUAUUUAUUAGAAAACAAAUGAGAAAACCUAAAUCCUUUGCCAGUUCAAUCCUCAUUUGUGUCAUGCAUUGCUAAAAAUAAUAAAAUUUUACUAUCUGGCAGAGAGCACUCAAAGAUCUAUAGCUAUGAUAUUAUUCAAAAUAGUUAUAUUGAGCUGCAUGACAUUCAAGCAGGAAUAUGAAGAAAAAUUAUAUGUGAAAAUAAUAAAAAUGCUUAUGUAAUAGAAGCAGAUGGAUAUAUUUAUGAAGGAAAUCAAGAAUGAAAAGCCUGAAGCACAUAG